AUGUUGGAGGGAAAAGGAGUCCGGGCCGUGACGGUGAUGUGGGUGAUGGCCUUCCUCUCGUUUGUUAUGGUUCCACUUCGGCUGUAUACCAGGAUCUACGUGAAUAGGGCCGUUGGCCUGGACGAUCAUGUCUUCACGCUGGCAUGGGUCUUCCUCUUUCUAUACACCAUCUUUGUCACUAUUGCGGGUCAUCACGGCUUCGGUCAGCCCCUGGACUCCCUGCCGGUGGACGAAGCGGUCAAUGCUGUCUACAACGAGAUAGUUGGACAGACGUUUGCUGUGCUGGGCAUGGCCAUUGCCAAAAUCUCAUUGGGCAUCUUUCUUCUGCGCAUUGUCGUCAAGAAGUGGCACCGCAUCUCCAUCUGGAUCUCCAUGGUCAGUCUGGCCCUCGUCUCCGUCAUGACGGCCAUUCUUCUCUGGGCGCAGAAGAGCCCGAUUAGGGCCACCUACGACCCUCGCGUCCAGGGUCGCCUCGUCGUCGCCAUCACGCCCUUCUCCAUCCUGCUUGGAAGUUGGUGUGCAGCGGUGGAUUUCUAUUUCGCCCUGCUUCCGUGGAUCUUUAUUUGGCAACUGAACAUGAGGUUCGCGGAAAAGAUUUCCAUCGCCUGUAGCUUGAGUUUGGGGUUCAUUGCCUGCGUCUGCGGCAUUAUCAGAACCAUCGACCUGAGCGGCCUCGGCAGCGCCAAUUACACCGAGGACACAGUGGGUCUUAUCAUCUGGUCUGCCGUCGAACUGGCAGUCACCUUGAUCUGUGUUGGAGUGCCGACUAUCCGUCCUUUGUAUCGUGCCAUCGUCCACGGGUCGCGUCCGGAGAGUUCCGACCGACGGUAUGUCAAACACAGCGAGUCAGACCAUUCGGCGCGCUUUCGCAUGCGUGCCAUCAUUCCCGAUGCGUCGCUUUUCACUACCGUGCGCGAUGGGACGACGGAGUCCUACAUCGCCCCGGACGAUCGCAGCGGCAACCAGAUCCUCCCUGGCCACGAUCCCUGUCCUAGCGAUGGCAUCCGUGUGCGCGAGGAGGUGCGCGUCGAGCGGGUGUAG